CAGUCGCUCCAGCCCUGUCGAAGUUUCACUUUUUGUCUGUGGGUUCGUUCCCGGGCCCCGUGCGAGCUUUCCCGGGAUAAGUAGCUUUAGCGAGCCGGCCCAGAGCCGGGCGCCGCAAGGCGGGAACGUUUGAUUUUUAGAAACAGAACUGAAGACAGAACUCCAUCAACAGAUUCACUGUUUCACCCAGCGCUUGUCUUGGGAAGAUCCUGCUGCUUCUCUGACGCUAGCCCUGCAGUUGGUGUAACAGCCAGCCAUUUGAGAUUCUGCAACAAUGUCUCAUCCAUCCUGGCUACCUGUCAAAAGCACUGGUGAGCCCCUAGGCCAUGUUCCUGCUCGGAUGGAGACCACCCAUUCCUUUGGGACUCCCAGCAUUUCAGUGUCCACACAGCAGCCUCCCAAGAAGUUUGCACCAGUAGUUGCUCCAAAACCCAAGUACAACCCCUAUAAGCAGCCUGGUGGUGAGGGAGAUUUUCUGCCACCACCACCUCCACCUCUAGGUGAUUCUGGAGUGGUUCCAUCUGGCUCUGGAAACUUCCCUCCUCCACCGCCCCUGGAUGAGGGCACUUUCAAGGUGCAGCAGGGGAAUCCUGGAGGCAAGACGCUGGAGGAGAGGCGCUCCAGCCUGGACGCUGAGAUUGACUCCUUGACCAGUAUUUUGGCUGAUCUUGAAUCCAGCUCUCCGUACAAGCCACGGCCACCACAGGGCUCUGCUAGUGCAACAGCGUCUCCUCCAGUCUCUACACCUGUCACAGGACACAAGAGAAUGGUCAUCCCAAACCAGCCCCCUCUAACUGCAACUAAAAAGUCUGCGAUGAAACCACAGCCUGGCCCCCAAGCUGGGCCCAUCCCUGUAACUCCAAUAGGACCACUCAAACCCCAGCCUCAGCCUGUUCCAGCCUCCUACACCACAGCCUGUACCCCCACAAGGCCCACCUUUAAUGUGCAAGUUAAGUCGGCUCAGCCUAGCCCUCAUUACAUGGCUGGCCCCUCCUCAGCACAAAUGUAUUGCCCAGGACCCCAUGGCUGCAGCAUACCACCAGUUCAUGUCUCUGGGCCACCUCCCUCAACCCGGCCUGGUACAGAUUAUGCAUAUAUUCCACCACCUGUGCUUCAACCUGAACCUGGAUAUGGGUAUACCCCCAACCAAGGACGCUAUUAUGAGCCCUAUUGUGCAGCAGGGCCUUCCUAUGGGGGCAGAAACGAGAGUAAUCCUGCCUAUGGGCAACAGGGACACCCAAGCACCUGGAAGCGGGAACCAGCAUACAAUCCUCCUGUAGCAGGGAACCAAAACCCAACUGGCUUAUACGCAACCACUGGUCCCAAGAAGACCUAUAUAGUGGAUCCUGUUCCCACUCCUGGUGCACCACCACUGCAACCAAAGGGAGGACACUCAGUUUCAAUGGGACCUGCAUCUGCCCCCACUUCAUUUCGUCCUGAGGAUGAGCUUGAGCACCUGACCAAGAAGAUGCUGUAUGACAUGGACAAUCCGCCUUCCGAGGAAUACUUUGGCCGCUGUGCUCGCUGUGGUGAAAAUGUAGUUGGGGAAGGUACAGGAUGUACCGCCAUGGAUCAGGUCUUCCAUGUGGAUUGUUUUACCUGUAUCACCUGCAACAACAAACUCCGGGGCCAGCCUUUCUAUGCUGUGGAAAAGAAAGCUUACUGCGAGCCUUGCUACAUCAACACGCUGGAACGGUGCAACGUGUGCUCCAAGCCCAUCAUGGAGCGUAUUCUUCGUGCCACUGGGAAGGCCUAUCACCCUCACUGCUUCACCUGCGUGAUGUGCCAUCGCAGCCUGGAUGGGAUCCCCUUUACUGUGGAUGCUGGCGGGCUCAUUCAUUGCAUCGAGGACUUCCACAAGAAAUUUGCUCCCCGAUGUUCUGUGUGCAAGGAGCCUAUUAUGCCGGCCCCUGGCCAGGAGGAGACCGUCCGCAUUGUGGCUCUAGAUCGUGACUUCCACGUCCAAUGCUACCGCUGUGAGGAUUGUGGCGGUCUUCUGUCGGAAGGCGAUAACCAAGGCUGCUACCCACUGGAUGGGCACAUCCUCUGCAAGAGCUGCAACACAGCCCGCAUCCGAGUGCUGACUGCCAAGGCGAGCACCGACCUUUAGAUUCAGUCGCCUGUGUAGCUGGUUGGUGGAUGGCGCUGAGAAGAGUGAAACACAAGGGAAACCAUUAGGAAAAUAGAGGAAAUGCAAUCA